UGCGCCGGGCCGCAGUGCGGCUGCGCGCACUGGGCUGCCUCCGGGGCUGGCAGGGCAGCGGCGGCCGCGGCGGCGGCGGCGGGGCCGGGAGCGAGCGGCGGCGGCGGCGUGGGGAGUGGCGUGGAGCGGUGCCUGGGGCUGCAGCAGCACGGGGACCCCGGAGUAGAAAGCCCCGGGGACAAGGAAGGAAGGCCUGGCCGCCAAAUCCCUGAGCAACCGUUCUUCUUGGAUUUUGGGGGGAGCCUGCCCCCACCACUUCGUCUUCAAACGCCCCCAUCUCACCCCCUCCACAGCCCCGGCCGCUGACGGGAGGAGGCGGCGGCGGCAGCGGGGGGCUGAGGGGCGCCGCCAUGCCUCUCCCGCGGUGAAGCGCCCCGGCCGUGAGGAGCCGCUGGUCUCCCCGGUGAUGUUCCCCAGGCGGCAGGCGAAAGCAACUCACUCGAGCCCUGGGGUAAAGGCCUAGCUUAUCCAGCUUCCUUCCUCCUCCUCCUCCUCCUCCUCCUCUUCCCCUCCCCCUCCCCCUCCUCCUCUCCCCCCUUCGUCCUCCCCUCCCGGUCUCUUCCCUCACCCUUCCCCGCGCCCCCAUCUUUCCCUCCCUCCCUCCCACCCCUCCAGCAGCGAUGGCAGAGGAACAACAACAGCCGCCACCACAGCAGCCUGAUGCCCAUCAGCAGCUUCCCCCCAGCGCCCCCAACUCGGGGGUGGCCCUGCCAGCCCUUGUGCCCGGGCUGCCAGGGACAGAGGCCAGCGCGCUGCAACACAAGAUCAAGAACUCCAUCUGCAAAACUGUACAAUCUAAAGUGGACUGCAUUUUGCAAGAAGUUGAGAAGUUUACAGACCUAGAGAAACUCUACCUCUACCUUCAGCUGCCUUCUGGUCUCAGCAAUGGAGAGAAAAGUGAUCAGAAUGCCAUGUCAUCUAGUCGGGCACAACAAAUGCAUGCCUUUUCCUGGAUUCGGAAUACCCUAGAGGAACAUCCGGAGACUUCACUGCCCAAACAGGAAGUCUAUGAUGAGUACAAGAGCUAUUGUGACAAUCUUGGUUACCAUCCAUUAAGUGCUGCUGAUUUUGGAAAGAUCAUGAAAAACGUCUUUCCAAACAUGAAGGCACGUCGUUUGGGCACAAGAGGCAAAUCUAAAUAUUGCUACAGUGGACUAAGAAAAAAAGCUUUUGUUCAUAUGCCAACACUGCCCAACCUUGACUUUCACAAAACUGGAGAUGGGUUGGAAGGAGCUGAACCUUCUGGGCAGCUUCAAAAUAUUGAUGAAGAAGUUAUCUCUUCUGCUUGCCGUCUUGUGUGUGAGUGGGCCCAGAAAGUGUUAAGCCAACCAUUUGACACCGUCUUGGAAUUAGCCCGCUUCCUUGUAAAAAGUCACUAUAUAGGCACCAAGUCAAUGGCAGCUCUAACUGUAAUGGCAGCAGCACCAGCAGGAAUGAAAGGAAUUACCCAGCCUUCUGCUUUUAUACCUACAGCUGAAAGUAAUUCCUUUCAGCCUCAGGUGAAGACUUUGCCAUCUCCAAUUGAUGCUAAACAGCAGUUGCAACGGAAAAUCCAGAAGAAGCAGCAAGAACAGAAACUACAAUCCCCUUUGCCAGGAGAAUCUGCAGCAAAAAAGUCAGAAAGUGCUACAAGCAAUGGAGUGACUAAUCUUCCUAAUGGAAAUCCUUCAAUCCUUUCUCCUCAACCUAUUGGUAUCGUUGUGGCAGCUGUCCCUAGUCCCAUUCCGGUCCAGCGGACUAGGCAAUUGGUAACUUCACCGAGUCCAAUGAGUUCUUCUGACGGCAAAGUUCUUCCCCUCAAUGUACAGGUGGUCACUCAGCACAUGCAGUCUGUGAAACAGGCACCAAAGACUCCCCAGAACGUUCCAGCCAGUCCUGGUGGGGAUCGUUCUGCCCGGCACCGUUACCCUCAGAUCUUACCCAAACCAGCGAACACCAGUGCACUCACCAUUCGCUCUCCAACUACUGUCCUCUUUACUAGUAGUCCCAUCAAAACUGCUGUUGUACCCGCUUCACACAUGAGUUCUCUAAAUGUGGUGAAAAUGACAACAAUAUCCCUCACACCCAGCAACAGUAACACCCCUCUUAAACAUUCUGCCUCAGUCAGCAGUGCUGCAGGAACAACAGAAGAAUCAAGGAGUGUUCCACAGAUCAAGAACGGUUCUGUCGUGUCACUUCAGUCUCCUGGGUCCAGGACCAGCAGUGCGGGGGGAACAUCUGCUGUGGAAGUCAAAGUGGAACCCGAAACAUCAUCAGAUGAGCAUCCUGUACAGUGCCAAGAGAACUCUGAUGAGGCUAAAGCUCCCCAGACACCUAGUGCCCUUUUGGGGCAGAAAAGUAAUACAGACGGAGCACUGCAGAAACCUUCAAAUGAAGGUGUCAUUGAAAUAAAAGCAACUAAGGUCUGUGACCAGAGGACCAAAUGUAAAAGUCGCUGUAAUGAAAUGCUGCCAGGCACGUCAACAGGCAAUAAUCAAAGCACUAUCACUCUAUCAGUUGCUUCUCAGAACUUAACUUUCACCAGCAGCAGCUCACCACCUAAUGGUGACUCAAUCAAUAAAGACCCUAAAUUAUGCACUAAAAGCCCAAGAAAACGACUGUCUUCUACAUUGCAAGAGACCCAGGUGCCUCCUGUAAAGAAACCAAUUGUGGAACAGCUUUCAGCAGCUACCAUAGAAGGGCAGAAACAAGGCAGUGUUAAGAAGGACCAAAAGGUUCCACAUUCAGGGAAAACAGAAGGUUCAACAGCAGGUGCUCAGAUUCCUAGCAAGGUAUCAGUAAAUGUCAAUUCACACAUAGGAGCAAAUCAACCCUUGAAUUCCUCUGCCCUUGUUAUCAGUGAUUCAGCUUUGGAACAGCAAAUAACCCCAUCAUCAUCUCCAGAUAUAAAAGUAAAACUUGAAGGAAGUGUCUUUCUGUUGGACAGUGAUUCAAAGUCAGUUGGCAGCUUUAAUCCAAAUGGAUGGCAACAAAUCACUAAAGAUUCUGAGUUUAUAUCUGCCAGCUGUGAACAACAGCAAGAUAUCAGUGUUAUGACAAUUCCUGAGCACUCUGAUAUCAAUGACUUAGAGAAAUCUGUUUGGGAAUUAGAAGGAAUGCCACAGGACACAUAUAGCCAGCAGCUACAUAGCCAGAUACAGGAAUCUUCUUUAAAUCAAAUACAAGCACAUUCUUCAGAUCAGUUACCUCUGCAAUCUGAACUGAAGGAGUUUGAGCCUUCUGUUUCCCAGACAAAUGAAAGCUACUUUCCUUUUGAUGAUGAACUUACACAAGAUAGCAUUGUGGAAGAGCUGGUGCUUAUGGAGCAGCAAAUGUCAAUGAACAAUUCUCAUUCUUACGGCAACUGUUUGGGAAUGGCCCUUCAGAGUCAGUCAGUAACUCCAGGAGCUCCAAUGUCAUCUCACACCUCCAGCACCCACUUCUAUCAUCCAAUCCACAGCAAUGGCACUCCAAUCCACACACCCACACCCACACCCACACCCACUCCUACUCCAACCCCAACCCCAACCCCAACAUCUGAAAUGAUUGCUGGAUCUCAGAGUAUGUCACGGGAGAGCCCUUGCUCCAGGCUAGCCCAGACUACACCUGUGGAUAGUGCUUUAGGAAGUAGCCGACAUACACCCAUUGGUACUCCACAUUCUAACUGCAGCAGUAGUGUCCCCCCUAGCCCUGUUGAAUGCAGGAAUCCAUUUGCAUUCACUCCAAUAAGCUCCAGUAUGGCAUAUCAUGACGCCAGCAUUGUCUCAAGUAGUCCUGUGAAACCGAUGCAAAGACCCAUGGCCACACACCCUGACAAAACCAAGCUUGAAUGGAUGAAUAAUGGGUAUAGUGGGGUUGGUAAUUCAUCAGUUUCUGGCCAUGGUAUUCUCCCAAGCUAUCAGGAACUAGUGGAAGACCGUUUCAGAAAACCUCAUGCUUUUGCUGUGCCUGGACAGUCUUAUCAGUCUCAAUCCAGACAUCAUGACACUCAUUUUGGUCGUUUGACUCCUGUCUCUCCUGUGCAGCAUCAAGGUGCCACUGUAAAUAACACCAACAAACAGGAGGGUUUUGCAGUCCCUGCCCCUCUUGAUAAUAAAGGAACUAAUUCAUCUGCCAGCAGCAACUUCAGAUGCCGGAGUGUGAGCCCUGCUGUUCAUCGCCAACGUAAUCUUAGUGGAAGCACCCUCUAUCCAGUAUCUAAUAUCCCACGAUCUAAUGUGACCCCCUUUGGAAGUCCAGUUACCCCAGAAGUUCAUGUUUUCACAAAUGUUCACACAGACGCAUGUGCCAACAACAUAGCUCAAAGAAGCCAAUCAGUUCCAUUGACAGUCAUGAUGCAGACAGCCUUCCCAAACGCUCUUCAGAAGCAAGCAAACAGUAAAAAAAUAACCAAUGUUUUGUUGAGUAAACUUGAUUCCGACAAUGAUGAUGCAGUGAGAGGUUUGGGAAUGAACAACCUGCCCUCUAAUUAUACAGCCCGGAUGAAUCUCACUCAGAUUUUGGAACCUUCCACUGUUUUUCCUAGUGCCAACCCACAAAAUAUGAUCGAUUCCAGCACUUCUGUUUAUGAGUUCCAAACACCAUCUUACCUCACCAAAAGUAAUAGCACCGAUCAGAUCAAUUUUUCUCCUGGAGAUAAUCAAGCACAAUCAGAAAUUGGAGAGCAACAAUUAGAUUUCAAUAGCACUGUUAAAGACCUGUUGAGUGGAGACAGCUUGCAAACCAACCAGCAGCUGGUAGGUCAGGUAGCAUCUGAUCUCACUAAUACUGCAUCUGAUUUCUCUAGCGAUAUCAGGUUGUCUUCCGAGCUCUCAGGCAGCAUCAAUGAUUUGAACACUUUAGACCCAAAUCUACUGUUUGAUCCAGGUCGUCAGCAGGGACAAGAUGAUGAAGCUACACUGGAAGAAUUAAAGAAUGACCCAUUAUUUCAACAAAUUUGCAGUGAAUCCAUGAAUUCUAUGACUUCAUCAGGUUUUGAAUGGAUAGAAAGCAAGGACCAUCCUACUGUUGAAAUGUUGGGUUAAAUUGUGUUUUAUAACAUGUAGCACACUGUAUCUAAAGACAUAUGUAUUGUAUUUGUCUUAAUGGAAGUGCCUCCCGCAGCAGAAAUACUAUUAAUUGUGACAUUUUAAAAGCGUUUGCUGCAGAAGUGGUUUCUUCAGUAGGAAAUGGUUAGACUUGCCUCAGUUCUUAACAAGUGUCUAAAGACAGUAGGCUGUAGAAGAACAAGUAUUAGGUUUUAAAUUUUAUAAUGUGCCCCAUUUAUUCACAUUGAUUGACUAUCCAGCUGUUACAAGAGAAGUCCAUCUUUAUUUUAUGUAAGUUAGUUUCAUUUCAUCAGAUGAUCUGCACAGAACUCAGAAUAAACCAUCAAUUUUAGGUAUAGGCUAUUUUGUUGUUGGCAUUGUCUUUUAGAUAUAAAAUCAUAGCUAAAGUGAACUGUAGACAAGAAAGUCUUCCUUGAAACAGGGAUAAUAUUCAGGUUAUUAUAAAUAUUUAGGCUUGAAGCAUAGAGCUACUGUAGGGUGAAAAAUCUCUGUAGGACUUUCUGGGGCUUCAGUACCAUUUACACCCACGAUGAAGGGCUUAAAUAGAAAAUAAUGGAAAAUUAAAUAUUACUUUAAGGAAAGCAAAGCUGCACUAAAAUUUUUAAGGGAAAAAAACAAGUAGCCAUUUAUAUUUGUGACCUUGCAUUAAUAUUUAAAUGUUGAUUUUAAUAUGGAGCUAGCACACAUAGAUGCGCAGGCACGCACACACACAAAACAAGCAAAUGUAACUAACUCCAGGCAUUUGUAAUUUAAUAUAAUAAAUACAAGCAUGUUAGAAAAAUGCUUUAUGUUUUAUUAUUUGUUAAGUUAGGGGAAUGAGAAGGAAAACAAAAGCAUUCUCUUAGUUUCAUCACAAUGGCUACAUGUACAUAUUGAGAUUCUAAUUGAGAUUUACUUUGAAAUUUUUCAUUAAAAUAUUCCACAAUAAUCAGUUUUUUUCCUCUUCAAUUGAGUGACUGACUCCCUCACUCCUCCUGAAUAUAGUAAUGUAGUUUGAUCAUAGGAUCCCUUUGAAAAACAGGAAGGAGGAUAACAUAAAAAACAACAAAAAACAUUUCACCACCUAAGGUCUGAAGCCACAAAUCUUUAUAUCUCUGAUGAAACAAAGGGGAUAUCAAUAGUACUUGAAGAAGAAGAGCAUUUUAUUACUUGCUUAAUUUAUUUAUUAUGAUAACCACAAUUGCAAAAGAACAACUCAGGAUUUGUUUUAAAAUGUUUCUCUCUAUGGCUCCCAUUUUGUUUUGUGAAUAAUUAUUUAUGAGUUGCAUGUUGACACAAACCUACUCACUGGUUGAAAGCUCCAUUUAAGUGAGUUUCAAGAUCACUUUCAAAGAGAUUUUUAAAUUGCCAUUGUUUUUAAAGCUAACGUAAAACCAUUUGCUAUGCUACCUUGAACCUAGCUAAGCUUUCCUUUACCUUAGUAAGCCAAUCAGAAGACUACAAUCAAUGAAUAUUUAGCAAAUGUGCUGAAGGGUUUAAUAAGGUUUUGUUGUUCAAUAAAUUUGCAAGGUAGGGUAUUAACAUAUUUUGAUAAAUAAAUGGUGCUAGAGUUGGCGCAGAGGUUUAUAUAUUGAUAUGUCUUAGUUAUUGGCAUUUGUGUGUGUUUGCUGUUAUCUUGAUUUCAUGAUUUGUUAGGUAUUUUUUUCUUGAUGCUAGUUAUUUCUUCACUGUACAUUGAGACACAGCACUACUGCACACCAAAGUAUGCAAUACCCAAAGGAAACUGUGUGAUUUCUCCUGACAAAUGAUGGGAGCCUUUCUUUAUGAGAUACUCUGAAAAGGAGAUUUUGAGGCCAUUCUAAUCCCUUGUUUACAUUAUUAGCUUCCUACUAAUAUAAAAAUAAUGGAAAUCUUUUUUGAUAAAAAUAUUAAGACUGGAGGAUUUUUAACCCCUUGUACAGUAUUGCAGCAAACUCUUUAAAUUUGGUUGAAUUCGUCCAGCAAACUUUCUGGGGUUCAUAUAUUGCACUAAAUUUGUUGAACCUGUGGUAGGCACAUCUCUUAGGAUAAAUGCAACCAAUACAGUCCACAGAUUAAACUUUUUAAAUGUGUUUCAUUAUGAAAAGACAAAAUGUCAUCAAAGUGACAGAUAAAAUUGUCUUAUGUAGCAAUGUGCAUUGAUCUCAAUGAGAUAUUUCUAUUAUUCUCUUACAUGAGAAUAUUACAGCAGGAAGAAUUAAGUUUAGUUUGCUUCACCAUGUUAAUACAUGAUCACAAAAUGUGCAUGAGUGUUAUUGACUUAUCUUGUACAGUACUAGGAUUCCUGUAACCACUCUUUUUUUUCUUCGCUGUAUUGAAACUGGUUCAGUGUUAACCAGGCAAGCAUAGUUAUUCACAGUUUAUUUACUUUAUGUUUACUAAUUCUGCUUAGUUAUUGUUGAAUAUGUUCUGUUCCAGAUUAUUUUUAUUGUUUUGAUGUUUAAAACAUUUUGCAUACUGUUUAUCAUAAAACUUCAUGAAGUAAAUAAUUUUGCAUAUAAUUGCAAUAAGCACUGACUUUUGAACUGAAAAGAAGGAAAGUGUUUUUUUGUGCAGUGCUUCUGAGGUUCAUAUAAUAGUCUUGUACUAUAAUGUGCUUUACUACACGAUAAAUGACAAAAACAAGCCCUGUUUCAUGUUUCAUUUAGUGCAAAAAGUCAGAUUUCCCCAGUGUUUUGUUGUCUGUUGUACCUGCUGAAACUACAGUAGUUGAAUAUUGCGGUAGCAUUUCAGUUCUCUUUUUUUAUUAAAGUGCUCAAAAAUUGUUUUUUAAAUGUUUUCAAAAACAAUUAAAAACAUUUUAUAUUAAACUGACUGGAUCUGAAGGUGUUUUAUGGGACAUAUUUUAUAUAGGCAACACAUUUUGUAAACAGACCCAAUGUUAUUCUUCCUUUGAUGUCAUUAACUUUAGGGAGUGAAUAAAAAUGAGCAGAAGGCAGAACAGUGCUGCUGAUCUGCUGUGUGCUAUUAAUCCAGAAGAAUACACAGAUCUUAUUUCAUUCAUCAAAACUCUGUUGUUCACUUAGGAUUAUUACCAAUGAAUGGUGCAUGGCAUAGAACUUUAUGUUGUCCAAAAAGCCAUCUUUUUCUCUUUCACAUAGUGUUUAAAUGCUAGCCUAUGGAGUACCUAGGUAAGUAUAUUUCUGGAGCUCUGAAUAGAAAAUGAGAAAAUUUUAAGCAUAGCUGUGUUCAAAAGCGGUAUAGACAUUUCCAGGUACCAGAAAUAACAAACUGAUAAGUGUAAUGAAUUUGUAAGCCAGAACCUGGGCUACAGGUCUGGAAGCAGGCUGAAGUAGCCAGAAGUGUCAGCUCCUGCAAAGUAAUGAAACCAGGGUCUUGAAUGGAGUUUCCUCACUCUUGAAACUGAGAAGCAACAACAGCCAGUGCCGGGGACUAUAUAUUGUAGACAGAUCUUCUCAAACAGCCUACUCCUCUGUUUACAUAGAUCUUUGUAGAUCUGUGAUAGUUCCACUAUCACCAUAGAUCUGGAGCCCUCAGUUUGAACAGGUGGUAGAAGCAAUUACAAAAGGAAAGGAGUGGAGAUUAGGAAGGGAGAGGUAAAGAGCAGGAAGGCUCCCAAGCAAGCUGAGCCUGCAGAUCAAAAUUCAAAAGUACUUGAAGAAAAUGAAACCAAUCCUAAGAAAGGCAAUCAAUCACUCAAGAGAAAAUGAAAGUAAUGAACUACCUAGAUAAUACUAUAAAAUUAGUAUGUUAGGAUCCUCAGUGCUCAAUGACAUGGAAGGGUAAAAUGUCAGAGGAGGCAAACAUAAGAACCAGUGCAUAGAGUCAACCAGUAAGAAAUUCUGGGGGUGAAAAUACUGUGUAACACCUGAGGUGAUUUCGGUUGCAAGUAAUUGAAAACCCAACACUGGCUUAAACCAUAAGGACACUUACUUUUAGCUUAAUAAUAGUGGAGAUAGGAGGUUCAAGGGUUCAUUCAAUGGUUCAUUGUUUACAGGCACCAGAUCCUGUUUGUGUUUCUGUUCCAUUAUCUUCAGCUUUGCUUUGCUGUGUCUAUUACCUCAUGGUCGCAAGAUGGCUGCCACAGCUCAGAUGUUAUACCCUCAUAACAUCCCAAGCAGGAUAGUAAGAGCAGUUCUUAGCCUUUUAUCAGAGAAAAAAAAAUCUCAGAAUCUUCCAUUAAGCAUUCCAUACACACACUGUUAGUCUCAUUGUAUUAAACAAAGGCUCAUCCUAAGGCCAAUUACUUAGCUUAGAUCCUUAAUUAAUGCUUUAUAGGUAGGAGGGGGGCCCAUUUCCUGGAGCAUGUGGUCAUUCAUCUUAAAUGAGUUCCAUCACCUAGGGAAGAUAUUAGGGACUUGCUGUUUGGGAGGCAACCAGUAGUGGUCACUGCAAAAAAUAGCUAGGUAAGAUGAGUAAGAUCUUGUAUCCACCUUUGAAGGGCUUACAAUCAUAAAGAGUUAAGUACAUGUUCUUUGUUAAGUGCCAACAGUAUGUAUAAUACACUAUGUAGAAGAAAAAAUAAGAAUUUGAAAUCUGCCAAACUAAGUAUAAGUUUACUGGUGCUAACUGUUAACUGGUAUCUUGCCUUCCCCCUAUGAGCUGAAAAAUCAGGUAUUAUUGAGUAUCACAAAUGCAAGUUGCCUCAGCUCCUACAGCAUAAGAAAAGACCAAACUUUUUAUUUUGUUAAAUCUGAAGUACAGAUUUUGACAUGCAUUGUUAUAAAUGAAUUUUUAAAUAAUUAAAAUUAUAAAUUUAUGGAUGGGAUCACUUAUUAAUAUUGCAUCAUCUGAAAUUUUAAAAAUAUGUAUGCCAGUCUUGUUGCUAUAAUCUGCUUAGAAAAAAGAACAAAACAAAAAGACUACAUUUUUCAAGAUUUGAUUUUUAAGAAGUACUUAAUUCUUGGAGAGGAGAAAAGAGUCAUAUAAAUAAAAUAUAUCAUGAGAGUGAUAUUACUGUGGUAUAUAGAGUAUUUCUUUGCAUUAGACCCAGUGUUAAAUAGUUUGCAUAUAUUCUCAUGUCCUCAUUGUAACAAUUUUUAGCGAGUAUUAUUUUUCAGGUGAGAAAAUUUUACUUCAGAGAUUAACUGGUGGAGGUAACAUAAUAACAGGAAGAGCCAGGAUUAUCUUAAUUUCAAAUCCCACUUCAUACCAUUAUGCUAUACUUAAGAUAUGUGUUCACAGUGUACCUACUGCAGUUGUAUGAUCUGGUUGCUUCUUUGAAAUUUUCAUUCUGGUUUUAAAUUUAGAAUUGAGUUUGAUUUUUGUGGAGUUCUUUAACCUCCCAUCCUUAUAUGUCAACAAUUCUUUUUCAUUUUUAUUGCUUUUAGAUUUACCUGUAGUUUGUAAUUUUCCUCCAAAUUACUUGAAUCCUUUUCCCUCCCUUCUCUCCAUAGAAAUACCCUGAUGUAUUAGGAGAAUGAAGAUUUAAAUACAAAAUUUUGUUUUCCACACAGCUUUUCAAGCACAUUUCAUACAGGUAUACUCUAGUCAUAUCUAUGUUUAAAUCACUUAAAAUGUCAUCAAAAUAAAAAUGGGACUUUUUUUUAACAGAUGAUAAAGUGCCUAAAAUAUGUCAGUCUCUGUACAAGGUGCUAGAGAAGACACCUGCCAUUUUGAAAUUUUGCAAUAUAAUGAAAAAGACACAGUGAAUGUCUUUGCAGGAUGCAAUGAGGUCACUAUAGCAGAGGCGGAUACUUACCAGUAGUAUGCAUUCUCCCCUUCUUCCUUACUGUAAAAGUCCUUGAUUUUUAGCUGAGCACACAGCCAUCUGACCAAAAGGCUACAUCUGCCAACUUCCCUUGCAGUUAAGUGGAGACACUUACCAAGUACUCAAAGAGAUGUAACCAAAAGGUUUGGGUGCUACUUCUUUGAAGUGUUCUUGUCCUUCCUCUCUGCUGGCUGGAAUGCAAAUGUGAUGGCUAGAACUCAAGCAGCCCUCCUGGACUUCAUGUUAAAGACACAUGCUGAGGAUGAUUGAACAACAAGAUACAAGGAGCCCAGCAUGAUGACUUUGGGAGGGAAGAUGCCCAAUUAGUCCUGACUGCUUACCUCUGGAUGUGUUUUACAUGAGAGAAAUAAAUGUCUUUCUGGUUUAA